AUGAAUCUCUAUCGUCGAAUACGAGCUGUAGCACUCUGGGACUCUUAUGCAAGUGGUGAAACUUCGUUUUUGGCAAAGCCCGAAUGGCGCGGCUUAUCCGACACACCUUACGAUUUAUUACUAGAUAUCCUCCUCCGUCUCACCUCCUUACUCUCAAGGGCAGAUCAGAUCGAAACCAUGGCUACAAAGGGUGAUGAAACCGGAGCAGCAGAGGCUGCCCAAAGAUUGAUGUGGAGAUGUCAUUCUCUGAGAGACGAACUAGUCACUUGGUACGCAGAUUUCCAGACUAAGGAGACAGGUCCACUCUUUUACCUUGAGCCCGAAGAACAACAUCCGUAUCUCGAUCCCGAUUCAGAAUUGAACGGUGUAUUCCCGGAUAGUGUCACAUUUCAGACUCCUUAUAUCGCUCAAUUAUUACUGCUAUAUUGGUACGGCGAAGUCAUCGUCCACGGCGCCAUGUCAAUUGCCCAUCGAUAUCUCUGGGGCCAAAGCCCAACAAAUCCAGAAUCUUCCGGAACAACACCAUCCUCCACCGCAUCACCAUCUACAACCGCAUCAGUCACAACCGAAAAACUCACAGAAGCCCGCCAACAAAUGACAAUGCUCGAAGGCGAAACAUUAGCCAACAUCGAAAUAAUCGGCGAAUACUUUGCCGCCAAAAUCUGCCAGGCCAUGGCCGGCUGUGGUCGAAACAGUCUGCAAGGGUACGGGUUUCAGACUGCUAUGGUACCGCUUUGGGCUGCUCAGCAAUAUUACUUGGAUCGCUCGACACGCAAGUAUCUGUGGUGUCGAACUGUGCUCAUGAAUUUUAGCAGAAAGGGGUUUGUGGUUGCACAGAACUUGGGCUCGUUGGCCUUGAGUCAGUACCCUGGUCGGUAUGUGAGUGGUAAAUCUGUUGUGGAAGAACAUAUACUAUAA